GAUUCUUUGGAAGCAAUCUCCCAGAUUACCAGAGGUCAGAGAUUAUGAUGUUCAUUAUGGGAAAAGUGCCUGUUUUUGGGAUAACUUCACAAUCAUUGGAUACCAGUCACCUUGGAGAUUUGGGAACUAGGAGGAUUCAGAUCAUGUUACUGAGAUCUUUACUUAUGGUGACUUCAGGAUACAAAGCAACAACGAUCACUAACGCGCUUCCUCCCCCGUUCCUGGACCCGUUGUUGUCUCCUUCACUCAUGGAGGAUUCUGAGCUAAGGCAGCUAGUCUUGGAAAUACUGCAUAAUCUCAUCGACAGGCAUGACAACAGAGCAAAGCUCAGAGGGAUACGAAUAAUACCAGAUGUCUCUGAUCUAAAGAUAAAACGAGACAAAAUUUCAAGGCAAGACGUGAGCUUCAUGAAAAAGCAUGGUCAGCAGUUGUACAGACACAUCUACUUAGGCUGUAAAGAAGAAGACAAUGUCCAAAAAAACUUUGAACUACUGUUUACAUCUCUAGCUCUCACCACAAUUGAACUAGCCAAUGAAGAAGUGGUUAUUGACCUCAUUCGAUUAGCUAUUGCUUUGCAGGACAUUGCCAUCAUCAAUGAGGACAAUCUGCCGAUGUUCAAUCGCUGUGGGGUCAUGGCGUUGGUUGCAGCCUAUCUAAACUUUCUGAGUCAGAUGAUUGCAGUUCCUGCCUUUUGUCAGCAUGUCAGCAAGGUCAUCGAAACUAGAAGUCUGGAAGCAGCUUAUUUUCUACCAGAAACAAUUUUCAAAGACAAAUGCAAUCUUCCAAAAUCCUUAGAGAAGCAUGAAAAAAAUCUCUUUUUCCUGACGAACAAGAUUGCAGAAUCAUUAGGAGGCAGUGGAUACAGUGUGGAAAGAUUGUCUGUCCCUUAUGUCCCCCAGGUGACAGAUGAGGAUAGACUCUCCAGGAGGAAAAGCAUUGUGGACACAGUAUCUAUUCAGGUGGAUAUUCUGCCAGGCAACAACACAGAGGAUAAGAUUGAUAAUACUGAAGAAAUUACCUUUGAAGCUUUGAAGAAAGCAAUUGAUAACAAUGGACUUGAAGAACAGGAAAAAGAAAAAAGGCGUCUUGUGAUUGAAAAGUUCCAAAAAGCACCGUUUGAAGAAAUUGCAGCACAGUGUGAAACCAAAGCGAACUUGCUUCACGAUAGACUUGCACAGAUACUGGAACUCACCAUUCGUCCUCCACCUAGCCCCUCAGGAACGAUGACCAUUACUGCUGGACAUGCUCAUUACCAGUCUGUUCCAGUCUACGAGAUGAAGUUUCCAGAUCUUUGUGUGUAUUAAGUGUCUUCUGAAGUCUGCUGGACAUUAUUUAGAGUAGAAUACAAUAGAAACAAAAAGAUGAGUUCUCAAAUUU